UCCCCUUCUCCUUUCUGCCCCUGCCCUCCGGUACCGGUACCGGUACCUGUGCCUCUCCUCCCUUUCCCCCUGCCCCUCGCUCCCUCCCUUCUCGCCGCGAUCGUGAUCUCCCUGGGCUGGGCUAGACGCGGAUCGGAAUCGGAUGGGCGCGCGGUCUCCCCGGCCGGCGGCGUGCUGCGGGUGGGCUUCAUGAGCUCCUCCUCCUCCUUCCGGCGAGCCGAGGCCAUCUAGAGCGAUAUUUUUGUGGCUUCUCAGCUAUUCCUGUGGACCUUGACAUGGCCGGCGCAGAGGCAAGCACCGGGAGCGCCCAGAGGGGGGAUACCCUUCCAAAUGGAGACGUCUAUGUGGGCAACUUCGAUGGGCUAGUGCCUCAUGGAAUGGGGAAGUAUAUGUGGACGGAUGGAUCCCUUUAUGACGGCGAAUGGGAUAAAAGCAAAAUGACCGGGAGAGGAAUCAUCCAGUGGCCUUCAGGCGCAUCCUAUGAAGGCGACUUCCGUGGAGGUUUCAUCGAUGGAACAGGCACUUUCAAGGGGGUCGACGGCUCGGUUUACAAAGGUUCUUGGAGGAUGAACAAAAAGCAGGGAAUGGGGACAAUGGUUUACUCCAACUCUGACAGUUAUGAAGGCUUGUGGAACGAGGGUUUGCCGGAUGGGUAUGGUAAAUAUACAUGGGCUGCUGGCAACAUCUACAUUGGAAACUGGAAGUCAGGUAGCAUGAACGGCCGAGGCGUAAUGCAGUGGAUAAAUGGUGAUACUCUUGACUGUAAUUGGCUCAGUGGGCUGGCUCAUGGGAAAGGUUACUGCAAAUACGCAUCAGGCGCAUGUUACAUUGGUACGUGGGAUAGGGGAGUCAAGGAUGGCCAUGGCAUAUUUUAUCAACCAGGAAGUAAAAUACCUUGUAACCUUGAAGUUUCUGAGUGUGCAACAAAUAAUGAUGGUACAAGUGCUUCAAGUUCUAGUAAUGAAAAGGUCAAAGUUGGACUGUUGUUUAUAUUGCAAAAUCUGUGCAACAAAUGGGGACUACGUAGGUUUUUUCAUCGUCCCAGGCGCAUUUCAAAUGGCACAACACCAAUUUUUGUUGAUGAUUCUGGAAAUCACUUACCACAAGAUCUACCCAAUAAAUCCUUGUCAAGUAACGAGGGUUUACAGAACACUGAUGUUCAUAAGGAUUUCGUCUAUGAACGGGAAUAUAUACAAGGAGUGCUUAUCUCCGAACAGCCAAAGGGUAAACAUUCAGGAAUGUUGGACAGCGGUGAAACACAGGAAAAUACCUGGCAAAAACAAGAAAGAGGGCCAAUGGAGACUAUUUACAAGGGCCACAGGAGCUAUUUUCUAAUGCUUAAUUUGCAACUCGGCAUCAGGUAUACCGUGGGUAAAAUCACCCCUGUACCUUUGCGUGAAGUUCGUUCAAAUGAUUUUGGACCUAGGGCCCGGAUAAUAAUGUACUUCCCUUGUGAAGGCUCGCAGUAUACCCCUCCACACUGCUCUGUCAAUUUCUUUUGGAAAGACUAUUGUCCUAUGGUCUUCCGGAAUCUUCGGGAAAUGUUUCGUAUUGAUUCCGCAGAUUACAUGAUGUCCAUAUGUGGGGGUGAUAGUCUAAAGGAGCUUUCUUCACCUGGGAAAAGUGGCAGUAUUUUCUAUCUUUCUCAGGAUGAACGAUUUGUUAUAAAAACAUUGAGAAAAAGUGAACUGAAGAUACUGUUGAAGAUGCUUCCAAAAUAUUACAAUCAUGUCAAAGCUUAUGAUAAUACUCUCAUUACGAAAUUUUUUGGCGUGCACAGGAUUACGCUAAAAGCUGGAAAAAAGGUCCGUUUUGUUGUGAUGGGCAAUAUGUUCUGCACUGAGCUGCGAAUUCAUCGUAAGUACGACUUAAAGGGAUCUACACAGGGCCGGUCAACAAAGAAGCAAAAAAUUAAUGAGAACACAACAUUAAAGGAUCUUGACCUAGCACAUGCAUUUCAUGUUGAUAAAUCAUGGAGGGAAGCGCUUUUCAGGCAGAUAGCUCUUGAUAGCAUGUUCCUGGAAUCCCAAUCGAUUAUUGACUAUAGCAUGCUACUGGGAAUCCACUUCAGAGCUCCCAAUCACUUGAAGGCUGCCACGUCACAUCAGAAUACACUUGAAAGCAGUGGAAUUACAUCUGCAAUGGAUUGUAGCGUGCCACUGCAUUGUGAGGAUGCAAAUUCCUCAAAGGGAUUUCUACUAGUUGCUCACGAGCCAGGUACGACAGCAGGCGGUUCCCACAUCAGAGGAAGCAUGGUUAGAGCCUCAGAAGGUGGUUACGAAGAAGUCGAUCUUGUUCUGCCGGGCACCGGCAGGUUCAGAGUGCAGCUAGGGGUGAACAUGCCGGCCCGAGCUCGGAAAUUGCUGGAAAGCACGGACGCGGUCGAGGAGUACGACGUCGUGCUCUACCUUGGCAUCAUAGACAUACUGCAGGAGUACAACACGUCCAAGAGGGUAGAGCAUGCGGUCAAAUCACUCAAGUUCGACCCCCUUUCGAUAUCAUCUGUUGAUCCGAACUUGUAUUCGAAACGAUUCGUUAGUUUCUUGGAGAGGGUUUUCCCUGAGCAAGACUAAAAUAGAGAGGCCAAGAACAGUACAUAGCAGUAAUGGGUAAUUUUGUUUUUUUUUGUUGUUGUUGUUUUUGUUGUAAAGAAUGAACAUAUUCUUCACUGGAAAUACUCCAUAGGCAAACAUAUAAUUCUUGUGCAGCUCCAAAAAACAUAUUAUACUAGUGAUUAUUUCCCCUUC